GCUUGUUGCGACUCUGUCACAGUAGCGGUUUUGAGCUUCUACAACAACUAAAGGUCGCCCGGUGGCUGGAGCUGGACAAUACCCUUCCUUUGUAAACACAGAACAAGCUUCUUCACACAGAAGAGCUUCUUCCUAACCCCUCCGACCCUCCUCGCCCUGUCCUAGACCUGUAGCCGCUACUCGCCAUGGAUCCCCGAGAAUCCUCCUCGUACUCCAUAGUGCCCAGGAUUCGGUACAACACCGUCGGCGGUGUCAACGGUCCCCUGGUUAUUCUCGACAACGUCAAGUUCCCGCGCUACAAUGAGAUCGUGACCCUGACGCUCCCCGACGGCACUGAGAGGUCGGGUCAGGUCCUCGAAGCCCGAGGUAACCGGGCCGUCGUUCAGGUUUUCGAGGGCACGCCUGGCAUCGAUGUAAAGAAGACCAAAGUCGAGUUCACGGGGGAGAGCCUGAAGCUGGGUGUGUCCGAAGACAUGCUGGGCCGUAUCUUCGAUGGAUCGGGAAGAGCUAUCGACAAGGGACCCAAGGUGUUGGCGGAGGACUUCCUCGACAUCAACGGCAGCCCUAUCAACCCCUACUCGCGAGUGUACCCCGAAGAAAUGAUCUCGACCGGUAUCUCCACCAUCGACACGAUGAACUCGAUUGCCCGCGGCCAAAAGAUCCCCAUCUUCUCCGCUGCCGGUUUACCCCACAACGAAAUUGCUGCCCAGAUUUGCCGACAGGCUGGCCUGGUGAAGCAAAAGGGCGCAACGAACAAGGGCGUGCACGACGAUCACGAGGAGAACUUCUCCAUCGUGUUUGCUGCUAUGGGUGUCAAUUUGGAAACCGCCCGGUUCUUCACCCGCGACUUCGAGGAGAACGGCAGUCUGGAGCGUGUCACCCUGUUCCUCAACCUCGCCAACGAUCCUACAAUCGAACGCAUCAUUACCCCUCGUCUCGCUCUCACCACAGCCGAAUACUACGCCUACCAGCUCGAGAAGCACGUCCUAGUCAUCCUUACGGAUCUCUCUGCCUACUGCGACGCCCUCCGAGAAGUGUCGGCCGCUCGCGAAGAAGUGCCGGGCCGACGUGGUUUCCCCGGUUAUAUGUACACCGAUUUGUCUACCAUCUACGAGCGAGCCGGUCGUGUCGAGGGACGAAACGGCUCGAUUACCCAGAUCCCCAUCUUAACCAUGCCUAACGAUGAUAUCACGCAUCCCAUCCCCGAUCUGACGGGCUAUAUCACCGAAGGACAAAUUUUCGUCGACCGCCAGCUCUACAACCGUGGCAUCUACCCUCCGAUCAACGUGCUACCCUCACUCUCCCGUCUCAUGAAGUCUGCCAUUGGUGAAGGAAUGACAAGGAAGGACCACGGCGACGUGUCCAACCAGCUCUACGCCAAGUACGCUAUCGGCCGAGACGCCGCAGCCAUGAAGGCUGUCGUCGGCGAAGAGGCCCUGUCGGCGGAAGACAAACUGUCCUUGGAAUUCCUCGAGAAAUUCGAGCGACAGUUUGUGGCGCAGGGCGCCUAUGAGCAACGGAGCAUCUUCGACUCUCUGGACAUCGCGUGGAGCUUGCUGCGCAUCUUCCCGAAGGAGCUGCUCAACCGUAUCCCCGGCAAGAUCAUCCAGGAAUUCUACCAGCGGUCGGCCGCUGACCGCAAGGGCAAAGGCAAGGACAAGAGCGAUAAGGGCGUGAGGGACACAGAGGGUGCAGCACAUGAGGGGAACCUCGUCGACGUAUAGUUGGUACGAUGCAGGCGCACACGACUGCGUGACGGGUGUGUAUAAGCUUUACCGUCGUACAUGACGGGGUACGGGCUAUUUAUCAUCGGUAUUCGAUACGACGAAAUUCCUUCCCACGUCAGCUUGGCGGGGGACGACAGGGGUGUGGAAGGAUAUGUACUUGGGUGCCAUCGGGAGGGGGAGGUCUAGGACCGGAGCAGCUUGUCCACCCUUGAACGACAAUUGAGCGUUGACUCAGAUCUAUAUCCAGAUACCUAACAAGCUGGCUCUCAGAGCUAGAAACGCGGAGGAAUAGAACAGAGGCAAUCGUCCAUUUACUACCUUCUAGAACGAGGAUGAGAUCGAGCUGCUUGACGAUAACACAGGCACGACUUAUGGAUUUGAGUAGGUGUUUUUGAGGGUAUAUAAAGAGAACGUCCACCACGUGGAGCAAUGAAAUGCUUAUGCAUACAUACUAGUACACAUACAUAGACAUGUCAGCGCGCGAAUACACAGUACACACACUACGCA